AUGAUAUCAUUUUUAAUUUUUGAUCUCCAUACUGAAUGUAGGGAAGUAUUAGAACUAUAUGCAAUGGAAGUGAAGAAGUUAGCAAUGACAAUCCUAGGUCAGAUGGCUAAAGCACUAAAGAUGGACAAUGAAGAGAUGACAGAGCUAUUCACAGUUGGCGUGCAGUCCAUGAGAAUUAACUAUUAUCCUCCAUGCCCCGAGCCAGACAUGGCCAUGGGCUUCACUCCUCACUCUGAUGCAGUUGCUCUGACUAUUCUCUAUCAGCUUAAUGACACUGAAGGCCUACAGAUUCGAAAGGAAGGGAAGUGGGUAUCUGUAAGACCGCUUCAAAAUGCUUUUGUUGUCAACGUUGGAGACAUCAUGGAGAUUGUAAGCAACGGGGUUUACAAGAGCAUUGAGCACAGAGCAACAGUGAACUCGACCAAAGAGAGGCUCUCCAUUGCAACAUUUUACAGCUCCAAUUUAGAGUCAGAGUUAGGCCCCGCUCGGAGACUCGUUGGACUGGACAAUCCGGCAAUUUUCCGGCAAAUCCCCUUUGAGGAGUACUUCAAGGGCUUCUUCGCAAGGAAACUUGAUGGCAAGUCUUACCUGCAUUUCAUGAAAAUAGGAACAGGGGAAGGCAUUGCUAGUUAA